AUGGAGCUUCCUACAGAUUCCACUCCCACUCCGGCAUACAUCUCAGACUCCGAAUGCGGGGAAAGGCUGACAUUCUGUCAGGAUGAGGAAAAAGCGCUCAGCAUUCCUCUCGAAUACCUACUCGCUCUUGUUCCGGCGGAGACCUCCAACGCUUAUACGCUUAUUUCCCAGACAGGACCGGGGGGUGGGGUCAUUAGCUCGACUAUUACUAGUCCGCCGGCGGAAAUCAUUGAACGGUACUGCAUUCCCGUUGACACACCAGCUCAUCUUCAGAAGCCCGUUUCGGUAGUCACCUCCCCGUAUUCGGGUCUCGGAAGGGCGGAGCUCUACUUCUCUACCCUGCUUGCGCCGGUGCUCGAAUAUUAUUCUGUCGAUUAUGGCAAGCAUACUGUUACCUCCCCCACUGCUAUCAAGACCAUUGCCAAUGGGCUCCCUGAAGGCACAUCAACGGUUAUAAUUCUCUCGGGGGACACUCUUAUCUUUGAACUACUCAACCAACUACCGAGCACCAAACGGCCGACAUUAGUGUUGAUACCGACGGGCACGGGGAACGGUCUGGCAAGCAGUCUUUAUAGGCCAUCGCCCCCGGACGACCUCAUCAGAAGUGCAUUUCACACAUUCCUUCACGGAAUAUCCCACCCGCUUCCCGGCUUUGCAGUCAAGUUUUCGCCCGGCGCUCGUCUUCUUGAAGAAGCGAUACCGGAGCAGGGGCUCAAAGGAACGGUAGUAACAAGUUGGGGAUUCCACGCCUCCCUCGUUGCCGACGCUAGCACCCCCGAGAUGCGAUCAUCGGGAACUGAAAAGUUUCAAGUCGCAGCGAAGCAAAACCUUACACCAUCGCUUCACGCCUACCGUGGCACCAUAUCCAUCGUUCGUCCCGGGAGCACUAAAUGGGAGGAGGUGGGUGACACCAACGACGAAGGCCAUUUUUACUUGGUUGUGACCGGGGUAUCCAACUUCGAGCCCAUUUUUACAAUCAGUCCGGCGGCCAACGGGAUGGAUGGGAUUCUCCGGAUCAUCUAUUUCGGCGUUGGAGAUGUAGAGGGCGCGGAGGGGGUGAUGGGAGUAAUGAAGGCGGCGUACGAUGGUGGGAAACAUGUCUCAAUUCCGGGAGUAAGGUAUCAAGAAGUGGACGGGGUGAAGGUUCAUUUGAAAGAGGCAGAGGAGAAAUGGCGCAGGAUAUGUGUUGACGGUGCAGUGGUUACGCUUGAGGAGGAGGGUUGGCUGGAGGUCAACAGACACGAGGGAUGGGCCGAUGUCGUUUACAGAUCUCGAUUCGACAGUUGA